AGUAAUAUUACUUUAUAUCGUUUAUUCGGAGCGGGGUGGCGCUGGCGGCGGCCGGCAGUCGCCGUGCGACCGCCGCCGCACUCUUUGCUUCGCCAAUCGUCUAACAUCCAUAUAACCUAAUCGUAAAACUUCUAUCGAUAUGGCAUACACAUGGGAUAACAGAGUUUCAUUCGUGGUGCGAUAUCUUUAUGAUAUCGACAACAACGGUUACCUAGAUUCUCACGACUUCCAAUGCCUAGCGCUGCGGUCGUGCGUGCUGGAAGGCAAGGGCGACUGCAGCGCCGCGCGACUGCAGAAGUACCAGCACAUCAUGCUGAGCCUCUGGGAGGAGAUCGCUCAGCUGGCGGACUUCGAUAAGGUUCCAGACUAUGACGGCAUGAUCACCGUUGAAGAGUUCAAACAAGCCGUGAAGAAUAGUUGUGUGGGUAAGAAGUACGAAGAUUUCCCUCAGGCGAUGAAGGCCUUUAUCGAGUCCAACUUCAAGAUGAUCGAUAUAAACCAGGACGGUGUGAUCGGCAUCGAAGAGUUUAGGUACGAUUGCGUACAGAGAAUGGUCGUCGAAGAUAUCAAAGUUAUAGAUGACGCUUUCAACUCAUUGUUAAAUGACGACGACAGAAAGAAGGGCGGCAUUACGGUGUCCAGGUAUCAAGAACUGUUCGCUCAGUUCCUCGGCGACAUCACCGAUAGUUGUCAAGCGAAAUAUCUGUUCGGCCCCUUAGAAAUAUAAUUGCAACCUGCUAUAGGUUAAGUUAUGACUGACACACCUAUUUAAUAACAUUUUUUAAAAGAUUUCGCAACUUAAAUUUUCAACUAUCAAGUCAUGCUAUAUGACUAGACAGAAUUAAAAAAAAAAGGUUACAUACAAUAAACUAAAAUUAAUUUACAUCGUUAACAUCAUUUACAUAAUUAUAUCAAUUGUAAUUACAUUGUUUGUAUGUUUAUUUGAACUAAACAAGGCUACAUGAAAAAGACAAAGGGAACUUCCACAAGGAAACAUGGCAGACAGUGGUCUCAAGGCGACAUCCGUCAGAAUAAUCGUUACUGGCAAGACAAUCGCUUAAUUGCGGCAGAAUAUAUAGUAUUUUUGAACGUGACCGAUAACGUCACGACGAGUUUACGUCCGCCAUGUUUCUAUAUUUACAGUUUAUUUUACGGCGGUGCGGAAUAUCGCGCUAGAAAUACACCAUCGCCGCAUCGAUACCACACUAAAAUAACGAUAUGACGGCGCGAUGCGUUCCCGAUUACGUUAUAAUGUUAUAUUAUUAUAGAUUUGUUUAUAAAAUAACUUAGUUUUAAGUACAAUGCUAGUUUAAACUUGUUUUGAAUUUAUUAUAAAUUAGUUUAAAUAUUUUUUUCAAUUGUUAAUAUUAUUUUGUUUUUUGAUUUUAUUCUAUUACUUAGAUAUGAAUUGUUUUUCAUGAUUUCAGGAAUGUUGAUUCCCCCUUAUCGUUUUUUUUUAUGUAUUUAAUGGUAUCAUUAUAAUUAUAAAACGAACGAAACCAGAAUGGUUCAAUACGACUUAGCUUACUUUUAUGUACAAAGGCAGUAACUAUUAUAUUAUAGGACUUAUGGGGAAUGUACGGGCGAUGUUGUUUGUUGUGCUCAAACAUACAAAAUGAAUCUAGUUAUCAAGUUCUUAUGAAUAUCACUUAUUUGUAAAUAUCCAUUAUUAACGAAAAAAGUCUUAAUUGUUAUAAUAAAAUUUUACAGUAAACAUUUA